CAUUUAAGUGAGCCCGCUCUUUCCUCUUUGGCUAUUUUCUUAUUCUUAAUUCUUGGUUGUUUUGAAAGUUUCGGUCUUUGCCUGAUGUCAGGCCGUGAGUGGAGCAACCAACAAGAAAAAGUACCACUUUCUCUCUACAAAGUUACGACGACAACACACACGCACUGCCACAUAACUUUACAAAAACAAAACCCCACCUGAGACCUGAACUGAAGUUGAAGCUGAACUCGCCUCACCAAUUCACCAUUCCGAAUUCCAAUACCGAACCGAUACCGCUUUGGGCUGUCAUCCACCUUGCGCUUGCAACCUGCUAAAAUAAUUGAAUUGGUCAAUGGUCAGUGAUUUGAUUUUGACUUGUUACUUCGUCAUAAUCAAAUCAUAACCAUUUUUGGGGGAAUGUGUUUUACUUUUACGGAACCUCUUUUGUAAUUAACACUCACUACUUACGAUCUCUAUUUAUUUAUACUCUCCUCUUUUAUCUGCUUUUAUCACUUGUACAUAUAAACCCUCUUUCUUCCUCCCACCAACUACCAAAACACAAGUUUAAGCCAAAGAAUAAAACCAAAAAAUUACUAUUUCACUCUGACAUACGAAAAACACACACCAUGGUGAUCCAGUGUUUAAGCUGCUGUUCGAGAGUGAGAUUCAGAUUGAGUCGCCUUUUGAUCACGUCACCACUCUCCCUGCGUUCUGGACUCACAAAUUCGAUAUCGACAGCGUCGACGACAGCAAGAACUUUCAGCACCUCUCUGAAUCUGAAUAAGCUAUUAGGAAGUGGAAGAAAUCGAAUUUUCACAUUAAAACGUCCAACGGCACAAUCCAGAGACUAUAUGGCAGUUCGACGACGUAGAACGGAGCUGCCGCAGGAGAAGGAGCAUUUGGGAACACGCAGCAAAUCGGACUCGAGCCAACAAAAUGCCACAAAAGAAGCCACACCACCUAAAGUCAAACUCAAGAAACGAGACGUAGGUCGGCUUUUUGCCUUGGCCAAAUCUGAAAAGCUGGUCUUGACGGCUGCGGUUGGCUGCCUGGUAGUGUCUUCAGCCAUCACAAUGAGUGUGCCUUUCGCUUUGGGUAAAAUUCUCGACAUAAUCUUCACCCGUGAUGAGGCUGGGAGUCUCGAGACCAUGGAUCGAUUGAGACAUUUCUGCUUUAUCCUCAGUGGUGUGUUUGUUGUGGGUGGAUUGGCCAACUUCGGCCGAGUGUACUUAUUCAACAGUGCUUCUAUUCGGAUUGUUAAGGAAUUGAGAUCGAAGCUUUAUCGCACAAUGCUUAACCAGGAAACUGGUUGGUUCGAUACGAAAGGAACAGGAGAGCUGGUCAAUCGUUUGUCAACGGAUACAUUUCUUGUGGGCAAUUCCCUGAGUCAGAACAUGUCUGAUGGCCUUCGAUCAACUGUGAUGAUUGUUGCUGGAACUUCAAUGAUGAUCUACACGUCACCGAAAUUGGCUCUCAUUAGUACCUGCGUCGUUCCUUGCAUAGCCGGAGUAGCAGUGAUUUAUGGAAGAUACGUGCGGACAAUUACUAGAAGUUACCUGGAUAAACAUGCCCAAAUCUCAAAAGAAUCCGAAGAACGUUUAGGCAACAUAAAGACUGUGAAAUCCUUUUGUCGGGAGAACGCUGAAGCCCAGUCAUACGACAACCUCCUUACCGAUGCCAUGAAGAUAGCUUACGAUGAAGUUAUGGCAAAAUCUAUGUUCUUUGGAUUCAGCGGUUUCUCUGGAAAUGUUAUAAUAAUAUCGGUUCUCUAUUAUGGUGGAAGUCUGGUUAUUAGUGACCAAUUAACAAUUGGUGCUCUAACGUCCUUCAUACUUUAUGCGGCAUAUUCGGCGAUUUCUAUCAACGGUCUGAGUAACUUCUACACAGAACUGAACAAAGGUGUUGGUUCAGGUCAACGAAUAUGGGAAAUCCUCGACAGGAAAUACGAAAUUUCCUUGAAUUCUGGAAUUGUUCCAACAGUUAAACCAAAAGGCCAAGUGGCUUUUUCAAAUGUCGUUUUCAGUUUCCCAGCAAGACCAGAAAAUCCUGUGGUGAAUAACCUCACGCUUACACUUUCUCCAGGACAAACUACAGCUAUCGUCGGACGAAGUGGUUCGGGUAAAAGUACUAUCGCUUCAUUGCUACUUAGAUUAUACGAUCCACAAAACGGACAAGUCACACUCGACGGAAUGGACUUGAAACAGCUUAGUCCCUACUGGCUGAGAGAGAAUAUAGGUGCAGUCAGUCAAGAACCUGUUCUGUUUAGUGGCACAAUCAGAGAGAACAUAUACUAUGGAUUGAAUCCAGGCACAAAGAUCACAGAGGAUGAAUUCCAGACAAUAGUUCAAAAUGCCCAUAUAGAUGAAUUCUCAAACACCCUGCCCGAUGGACUAGAAACAAUGGUUGGCCAACGUGGAAUGAUGUUGAGUGGAGGCCAAAAGCAAAGAGUUGCCAUAGCCAGAGCUUUAAUAAAGAAUCCCACCAUUUUAAUCCUUGAUGAGGCUACCAGUGCCCUUGACUCAGCCUCUGAAGAGUUAGUUCAAAAUGCUCUCGAAAAACUCUCGAAGGGAAGAACGGUCUUAACAAUUGCCCACCGCCUCAGCACCAUUCGCAAUGCAGAUAAAAUCGCUGUCCUCGACAACGGAUUGGUAGCGGAAGAAGGAAGCUAUGAUGAGCUAAUUGCACGUGAAACUGGAAUUUUCAAAGAUCUGGUCAAGAAGCAGGCAUUUCUGAUCGAUUCUUGAAUCAUUGUCUUAACGGUGUUGGGAUAUUCAUUAUUAUUGUUAAUUUAAAAACAAAAACAUGUCAUAGAAAAAAUAUUCUCUUCUUAAUUUUGUUUAUUCUUAAUUCGCUUUAACCAUCGAACAAACCGGUUUUCCUGUAGUUUUAGUUCUUAUUUUUUUUAUAUAAAUAAUAUAUUAUACAUAUACAUCAUUAUUAUAAUUUUAUAUAUAUAUAUUUAUACACAACAUUUUCUUGUGCUUUCGUUCAUAAAUUUUGUAAGAAAUAAAGUUUUAUAUAAGUGAAACUUAGACCCA